AUGGCCAGAAUCAAGCAGGGAAUGUUUUCCUGGGAGGAUGUGCUUGCCCAGCGGUAUCAGAGCAACAAACCAGCUGGUCUGCCCAGAGCAAGAAGAUCCAGUGCCCUCCCAGGUCGAAACCAACCCGCAAAGCAGCCUGACACACGGCUGGAAUGGUCUUCCCAGCCGGACAGCUCGCUUCUCACCAAGCUCUGUCCUGAGAUCCAUCUUAUGAUCUGGGAGAUGGUCCUGGGGGGCCUGCGUCUACACAUUGUUCAACGGCCAAAUCGCCGGAUGGGUCAUGUCGUGUGCCCCCUUGUGGAAACCUGCGAGAUCUGCCAGGGAAACCUGCCGCAGCUGGCAAAAGACGGGAGUGCCAGGCCAAAGUCUCAACUUCUGGCACUCGCGUUGACUUGUAAGCAGAUCUACUGCGAAUCUAUCCCAUUGCUCUACUCCCUCAACACCUUCGAGUUCAGCAAUACCUGGUCCCUCACAUAUCUCCGGCCCACUAUUCCCGCGGAGUAUUGGGACAGAAUCCGCGAGGUCGAACUGCGCUGGGCAUUCCCAGGCCACUGGCUUCCUAGCAAGGACCCCGUCAAGACGGUUUACUUCUCCGCAGGACGCCAGCAGUGGAUCGAAACCUGCCGCACUCUGACACAUAUGAAGGGUCUGCAGUCCUUUACGCUGCAACUGAUGGGGAAUUGGUUCUGCGAACCAGUGGAGAAGAUCCCCGUCUUCCUGGAGCCAUUGAGGGAAUUGAACCUAAAGGACCGGUGGAAGUUGCAACUGCCGCGGCAGCCAUACUACAUCAAAGAGAUCCGUACUAUUCAUGGCGAUCUGGGGAUGAGGGGCAUUGACUGCUCUGUUCGAGCUGUUUGA